AUGAGCCGCUACUCUCCCCAACAGCCCUACUCCUCACAACUAAAUGUGAACACCUUGGAUGAUGGUAUCUACAGGCCAGUCCCACAGCGCAGCCCCCUCACCAAGCAAGUCAACCAACUGGCCUACGAGAUCCCGAAGAACAAAUACGCACAGAACCCGUGGAAUUACGCGCCAGAAUUUUUGAAGGUGAUGGGAGAUGUCAGGACGCACGUUGGAGGAAAAGCGGUUUUUGAUUGUGUGUUGUUGGGUAGCCCGCGGCCCAAGGUUUGCUGGCUAUUCAACGAUGAUAAGAUGACAUUCCCGGAUGUGGAGAUUGUGGACAAUUGCGACAUUUGCCGCCUUGUCAUCCCCUACGUUCAGCCAUACCAUUUUGGCCAAUUCACCGUCCUCUGCGAAAAUGAGGUCGGCCGAGCUGUGGCCAGCGCCGAGCUUCUCCCACUG